AAAAUAAUAUAUAUCAUUAUAAAACUAUUUUAACGACAUUACAAAUCGAUCUCGGAAUAUUUUUUAUUAACAUUAAAACAGAUAGUCAAUUUCUAGUGUGAAAUGUUUCGAAGUCGACAUCAGAAAGGGUGUUUUUCUGUGUUUUACAGCUUAGGUAGCAGUCCAUUGCAAUUUUGGUCCACACAUAUACAAAAUGGUUAUGUCAAACGUGUCGUAGAUGAGGACGUCAAAUCUGUCGUCAUGGAGAUUAUGGGAUCAAAUGUUUCCACCACCUACAUUACGGGACCGCGAGAUCCGAAAAUGUCCUUCGGUAUAAAACUGCCAUUUCUAGUUCUUCUUAUAAAGAAUUUACACAAGUAUUUUACCUUUGAAGUGAAAAUUUUGGAUGAUCAACGAUUUAUGCGAAGGUUUCGAGUUUCAAAUUUUCAAAGUAAAACAUCUGUGAAACCUUUCUGCACGGCUAUGCCAAUGGGCAUGUCUCCGGGAUGGAAUCAAAUUCAUUUCAACUUAGCAGAUUUCACGCGUCGAGCUUAUGGCACAAAUUAUAUGGAAACCGUGCGUCUACAGAUACACGCUAAUGUACGUAUAAGACGAAUUUAUUUUACAGAUCGUCUCUAUGCUGAGGAAGAUCUGCCAAACGAGUUUCGGCUAGUAUCCAAGCCAGCCGAAAGGAAGAAGCAUCGAGACUAUACAGUGCCCGCUGCCCGACCUCCAUCACCUGCAAAAUCAGCUGCUACAACCGAAAGAACCAUAUCACCCGGUGGUGAGCCUUCAGAGGCAGCUACUGAUGCCGCCGAUACUGAAAAAUAUUAUUAGCUAUGCAUACAUAACACUUACGGUUAAAUCUUCAAAUUAUUGUCGAAUUAUUUUAUUUUAUAGUAUACUAAUAUAUUUGGUCUACAGCAUACUAUUAUA